AUGCUUUUAGGUUUAAAAGAUUUCUUUUUUCUCUUACUCCGUCUUUUUAGCACGUUUAAACUUUUCGUUUUUGUUUCCAGUUUCAAUCUAUUUCUGUUUAUUCCUCUCUUCCUUCUUCUGUUUCUAUCUCUCUCUCUCUCUCUUUCUCUCUCUCCCUCUCUCUCUAUUCGUUCUUUAUUCUUUUUUCCGUCUUCUCUUCCUUCUAAGGUUUCUGUCUUCCUUCUUCUGUUUCUCUCUCUCUCUCUCUCUCUUUCUCUCUCUCCCUCUCUCUCUAUUCGUUCUUUAUUCUUUUUUCCGUCUUCUCUUCCUUCUAAGGUUUCUGUCUUCCUUCUUCUGUUUCUCUCUCUCUCUCUUUCUCUCUCUCCCUCUCUCUCUAUUCGUUUCUGUCUUCCUUCUUCUGUUUCUCUCUCUCUCUCUUUCUCUCUCUCCCUCUCUCUCUAUUCGUUCUUUAUUCUUUUUUUCCGUCUUCUCUUCCUUCUAAGGUUUCUGUCUUCCUUCUUCUGUUUCUCUCUCUCUCUUUUUCUCUCUCUCCCUCUCUCUCUAUUCGUUUCUGUCUUCCUUCUUCUGUUUCUCUCUCUCUCUCUCUUCUCUCUCCUCUCUCUCUAUUCGUUCUUUAUUCUUUUUCCGUCUUCUCUUCCUUCUAAGGUUUCUGUCUUCCUUCUUCUGUUUCUCUCUCUCUCUCUUUCUCUCUCUCCCUCUCUCUCUAUUCGUUUCUGUCUUCCUUCUUCUGUUUCUCUCUCUCUCUUUCUCUCUCUCCCUCUCUCUCUAUUCGUUUCUGUCUUCCUUCUUCUGUUUCUCUCUCUCUCUCUCUUUCUCUCUCUCCCUCUCUCUCUAUUCGUUCUUUAUUCUUUUUUCCGUCUUCUCUUCCUUCUAAGGUUUCUGUCUUCCUUCUUCUGUUUCUCUCUCUCUCUCUCUCUCUCUCCCUCUCUCUCUAUUCGUUCUUUAUUCUUUUUUCCGUCUUCUCUUCCUUCUAAGGUUUCUGUCUUCCUUCUUCUGUUUCUCUCUCUCUCUCUCUCUCUUUCUCUCUCUCCCUUCUUCUGUUUCUCUCUUCCUUCCCUCUUUUGUUUCUCUCUUCCGUCUCUCUUCUGUUUCUCUCUCUCUCUUCCUCUCUUUCUUUCUUCUGUUUCUCUCUUCCCUGUUCUGUUUCUCUCUUCCUUCCCUCUUCUGUUUCUCUCGCCCUUCCUCUCUUCCUCCUUCUGUUUCUCUCUUCCUUCUCGCUUCUGUUCCUCUCUCCCUUCCUCUCUUCCUUCUUCUGUUUCUCUCUUCCUUCCUCUUUUCCUCCUUCUGUUUCUCUAUUCCUUCUCACGUCUGUUUCUCUCUUCCUUCUCUCUUCUGUUUCUCUCUUCCUUCCUUUUUCUGUUUCUCUCUUCCUCCCUCUUUUCUUUAUUUUCAUUCCUCUUUCCUCUUUUCUUUUUCCCUCUUCCUUCUUCUGUUUCUCUCUUUCUUCCCCUCUUCCUUCUUCUGUUUCUCUCUUCCUUCUCGCUUCUGUUUCUUUCUUCCUUCACUUUUCUGUUUCUCUCUCCCUUCCUCUCUUCCUUCUUCUGUUUCUCACUUCUGUUUCUUUCUUCUUUCAUCACUUCCCCUUCUGUUAUCUCUUCCUUCUCCUGUUUUUCUCCUCCUUCGACUCCUUACUCUCUCUUUUAUCUCUCUUCGUCCCUCUCUCUUUUUUUUUGUUUCUAUCUUUCUUCUUCUCCGCCUCCUUCUGUUUCUGUCUUCCUUCUUCUCUUUUUCGCUUUCUUCCUCUCUUUUUUCUUCUGGUUCUCUCUUUCCUUCUUUUACUCUAUUACUUUCUCCCCCCUGCUUCUGCUUCCCUCUUCCUUCCUCUCUUCCUUCUGUUUCUCUCUUCCUUUCGCUCUUCCAUACUUUCUCUCUUCCUUCUUCUCUUCUUCGCACCCCCCUCUUCUGUUUCUCUCUUCCAGCCUUUCUUCUGAUCCUCUCUUCCUUAAUCUGUUUCUCUUUUCCUUCUUCUCUUCAUUCUUCUUUUUCUCUCUUCCUCCUUCUGUUUCUCUCUCACUUCCUUUCUUCCUUUUUCUGUUUCUCUCUUCCUCCCCCUUUUCCUUAUUUUCAUUCAUCUUUCCUCUUUUCUUUUUCCCUCUUCCUUCCUUUCUUCCUUCUUCUCUUUCUCUCUUCCUUCGUCUCUUCCUUUUUCUGUUUCUCUCUUCCUCCCCCUUUUCCUUAUUUUCAUUCAUCUUUCCUCUUUUCUUUUUCCCUCUUCCUUCCUUUCUUCCUUCUUCUCUUUCUCUUUUCCUUCGUCUCUUCCUUUUUCUGUUUCUCUCUUCCUCCCUCUUUUCCUUAUUCCUUGUUUCUCCCUCCCUUCUUCUCUUCCUUUCUCUUUCUUUCUUCCUUUUUCUCUCUUUUCGUAGUCUUCUCUCUUCUAUCGGCUUCCUUUUUCCCGCGAUUUCUUCCGCUUUUUUAUUUUUUUAUUUUUUUUGCUUCCACCUUUUUCCUCUUUCUUCCUCUUUUUGUCUAAUUUCUUUUUUUUUUUUCACUUUCUUCUUUUUUCUCCCUACUUCUCCAUUACCCUCUCUUCCUUCAUAUUUUCUCUUCCUAUCUCUCUUUUUCUCUCUCUUCCUCUUUUUCUCUCUCUUCCUCUUUUUCUCUCUCUUCCUCUUUUUAUCUCUUCCAUCCCCAUUUUUUCUCUUUCUUAUUUACUAUGUUGCCACUUUUCCGCUUUUUUUAAUUUUCUUUCUCUCAAUUUCGCUCUUUUUUCUCAAUCUCGCCCCUUUUCACUCUUUCGCCCUCUCAUUUUCUUUCUUCUACUACUUACCCUCUUUCUUCUUCUUCUUCUCACAUUUCGCGCUUUUUCUUUUUCUUUCAAUUUUUCUAUCUUCCUUUUUUCUCUCUUGCUUUUUUCUCUCUUUCUUCUUUUUCUCACAUUUCGCGCGUUUUUAUUUUCUUUCAAUUUUUCUGUCUUCCUUUUUUUCUCUCUUGCUUUUUUUCUCUCUUGCUUUUUUCUCUCUUUCGUCUUUUUCUCACAUUUCGCGCUUUUUCUGUCUUCCUUUUUUCCCUCUUCCUUUUUUCUCUCUUCCUUUUCGUCUCUAUUGA